CGGAAGCCUUUACUCACUGGAAUCUGUUGUGUGUUUUUUUUGGAGUUUAAGGUCGGAUGGAACGAGGUUAUCCAGAGCCGCAAGGCAAGAAGAAGUUUUUGAAGUUUCAUUGCGAGCGCACAUCAACGUGCACAAUAAUUCUCUCCUUUUUUGCGUCUUGAAUCGGAGUCCAUCCUUUCAUCAGUAUUUCGAGACAAAUUUGACUUUGCAAAGCUACUUCGACAAUUUGAAAAUUGGUAAGAUGAGCUCAGGUUUUAUUUCGGAGGCCGAAUUGGCAGAGCAGAGGAAGACACGACAGGAGGAAUGGAACAAAGUGAGAACAGCUGAACAGCCAGCUGAGGUUUCGGAAGAGAAGUUGGAUCGGUCGCUUUAUGACAGACUUCAGGAGCAGAAAAACAAGAGGGAUAUGGAGUAUGAAGAGGCACAUAAACUAAAAAACAUGAUAAAAGGUCUGGACGAUGAUGAAGUUGAGUUCUUGGAUCUCGUUGAUCGUACAAAACUCGAGCAAGAACGAAAGAAAUGUUUGGAAGAAGAAGAAGAAAUGCGUGACUUCAAGGCAAGGGUAGCCCACCUUCAAGAAGCAUCUCUGAAUGAGAGAUUGAAGCAAGAACUGCAGAAACCACACAGUACAAGUAAAACUACAUCAGGAGGAAGCACCAGGAAUUCACAACAUCGAUUAUUGGCGGGAGUUGUUGUUAAGAAACGAGAAAAAUCACAAACAGGUGCUUCCAAAGGAACCAAAAGAAAGUUAUCAGAUGCCGAUGGGAGUUCAAAACUUUCAGAAUCUCCAAAACCUCCAGAAUUACCUCGAACCAUCGAUAAUACUUUAGGAAUAUCUCAGAAUGAAGUAAUACUCUGUGAGAAAAUGCACAAUCCGUCAGCCUUCAAGUGCAUUGGAAUUCUGCCUGGUCUUGGCCCCUACGACAACUCAAGUGAUAGUGAAUGCAGUUCUGACUCAGAUCACGAGCACGAGCACAUCAAAUAUGAUCUCUUGGGACGAGAAUUAACGAUGAAGCAUGAGAAUAAUAGUUAAAAUAUUGUUAGCCUUUCUUCCACUACGACAUUUAAAAAAAAGAAAUUUUUUGACAGGAACAUGUGAAUACUGAGUUAUUUUGACCGAAUUUAUGAACGAAUGAAUAAAAAUUUCAUGAUGAAAGUCAUUCUACCCAUUUCCAAGCAAAA